UAGUAAAGAGGAUAAAGGGCAAAAUGGGAAGAGGGAAAGUGGAACUGAAGAGGAUAGAGAACAAGAUAAACAGGCAGGUGACGUUUGCAAAGAGAAGGAAUGGGUUGUUGAAGAAGGCUUAUGAGCUUUCUAUUCUCUGUGAUGCUGAGGUUGCUUUGAUCAUCUUCUCCAACAGGGGAAAGCUCUAUGAAUUCUGCAGUAGCUCAAGCAUGGCUAAGACACUUGAGAGGUACCAUAGAUGCAACUAUGGUGCACUUGAUGCUAACCAAGCUGCAUCCAAGGAGUCACAGAAUUAUCAAGAGUAUCUGAAGCUAAAAGCUGGAGUUGAAGGGCUACAAGAAUCUCAAAGGCACUUGCUUGGAGAAGACUUGGUGCACCUAGGCAUUGAAGAUUUGGAGCAACUAGAAAAUCAGUUGGAUUCCUCAUUAAGGAGAAUUAGGUCAACAAGGACAAAACACAUGUAUGAUGAACUAUCUAACCUUCAGCAAAGGGAGAAAAGUCUUCUCGAAGUCAAUAAAGCCUUAAAGCUAAAGUUGGGAGAAGGCGAAAAUGGUACAUUUACAACAUCUUGGGAAGCAGAUAAUGAGCCAAACACACCACAGCACAGGAACCAUCAUUCUCAUCAGCCCCAGAUAUUCUUUCACCCUCUACAACUCUGCAACACACCACAAAUUGGGUACGACCAAGAGGUAUUGGAGCAACAAACGGAAAACGACGCCGUCGGAAACUCAACAUUAAAUGGAGCUGGGGUUAUUCCUGGAUGGAUGCUAUAAUUAAUCCUACGUGGACCGUCUUA